AGAGAAACCGUCUCCAGUCCGAUCUGUCUGGAUCUACUGAAGGAUCCGGUGACGAUUCCCUGUGGACACAGCUACUGCAUGAGCUGUAUCAAAACCCACUGGGAUGAAGAGGAUCAGAGGAGAAUCCACAGCUGCCCUCAGUGCAGGGAGACGUUCAUACCAAGGCCUGUUUUGAAGAAAAACACCUUCUUAGCAGCUUUAGUGCCACAGAUGAAGAAGACUGGACUCCAAGCUGCUCCUGCGGAUCACCGCUAUGCUGGACCUGAAGAUGUGGCCUGUGAUUUCUGCACUGGAAGAAAACUGAAAGCCAUCAAGUCCUGUUUAGUCUGUCUGGCCUCUUACUGUGAGAAACACCUUCAGCCUCAUUAUGAUGUGGCUCCUUUAAAGAAACACAAGCUGGUGGAGCCGUCCAAGAACCUCCAGGAGAACAUCUGCUCUAAGCAUGAUGAGGUGAUGAAGAUGUUCUGCCGCACUGAUCAGAAGUGCAUCUGUUACCUCUGCACUAUGGAUGAACAUAAAGGCCAUGAGACAGUCUCCGCUGCAGCAGAAAGGACUGAGAGGCAGAGAAAGCUGGAGGAGAGACGAGGAAACAUCCAGCAGAGAAUCCAGGACAGAGAGAAAGAUGUGAAGCUGCUUCAACAGGAGGUGGAGGCCAUCAAUCACUCUGCUGAUAAAACAGUGGAGGACAGUGAGAAGAUCUUCACCCAGCUGAUCCGUCUCCUCCAGAAAAGAAGCUCUGAUGUGAAGCAGCAGAUCAGAUCCCAGCAGGAAACUGAAGUGAGUCGAGUCAAAGAUGUUCAGGAGAAGCUGGAGCAGGAGAUCACUGAGCUGAAGAGGAAAGACGCUGAGCUGGAGCAGCUCUCACACACAGAGGAUCACAACCAGUUUCUCCUCAACUACCCCUCACUGCCAGCACUCAGUGAGUCUACACACUCAUCCAGCAUCAACAUCCGUCCUCUGAGACACUUUGAGGACGUGGCAGCAGCUGUGUCAGAGCUCAGAGAGAAACUACAGGACGUCCUGAGAGACUCAUGGACAAACAUCUCACUGAUGGUCACUGAGGUGGAUUUUCUACUGCCAGGACCAGAACCAAAGAGCAGAGCUGGAUUCUAAAAGUAUUCAUGUGAAAUCACCAUGGAUCCAAACACAGCUCACACACAGCUGGGCCUGUCAGAGGGGAACAGGAAGGUGAUGAGGAUGAAUCAACCUCAGCUUUAUUCUACUCACCCAGACAGAUUCACUAAUUAUUCUCAGGUUCUGAGCAGAGAGAGUCUGACUGGACGUUGUUACUGGGAGGUGAAGUGGACAGGAUUUCUGUAGGGGUCACACACAAGGACUGGGAGAUGGGAAUGAAUGUAGAUUUGGAUAUAAUGACAGAUCUUGGGCUUUACUGCGUUUCCAAACAGAUUUUCAAUUUGUUCACAACAGUUUAGAUUAUAGUUUUGUCUUGCUUCUACUCUGGUUCCUUUUUGCGUCUUAUCUCGUUUUGCCUCCGGUCUCAUACUGCUUCUUUUUUGGUCCUUUUUUGCUUCCGGUCUUGUUUUGUAUUGUCUAGUCUUGGGUCAAUUCAAGUCUUGGUUUUGGUCGU